AUCGGCGUCUCCGGUCCACAACAACACAACGCAACCACUCUCGAUUCCACCGGCGCGAGAGACCGGGAGAGGGGUGGGGCAUGGCGGCGAUGUCGCCGAUGUGGGUGUUCGGGUACGGCUCGCUGAUCUGGAACCCCGGGUUCGCCUACGACGCCCGCCUCGUCGGCUUCGUCAGGGACUACCGCCGCGUCUUCUACCAGGGGAGCACGGACCACAGGGGCACGCCGAAGUUCCCCGGAAGGACCGUCACGCUCGAGCACCAGCCUGGGACGACUUGCUGGGGAAUUGCUUACAAAAUUUCAAGGGAGGAAGAUAAGCAGGUAGCUCUGGAGUAUCUGGAAGUAAGAGAGAAGCAGUACGAUGAGAAGAUUUACCUUGACUUGUAUACAGAUUCAUCGCCAAAAACACCAGCUGUACAGAAUGUGAUGGUAUACUUGGCGACAGCGAGUAAUGAAAGCAACCAAAACUAUCUAGGUCCCGCACCUCUGGAAGAAAUGGCCAAGCAAAUUUACCUUGCUGAAGGCCCAACUGGACCUAACAAAGAGUAUCUGUUCAAACUUGAGGAUGCUCUAAACAAACUAGGAGUUGUAGAUCCACAUGUCCAGGAACUGGCGAAUGCUGUGCGUGAGUAUUCUGGCACCGAGUUAUCUCAUUGAAAGGUCGUAUUUGACUGCCAUCAAGUUAUCUCAUUGAAAGAUCUCUUUGGAGGGUAAAGAUUUCUCAAGGAAUUUAGAGUUAAUUUGCUCCAAAACAUCUUACAUUCUUGUAAGCUGCUUUUUUCUGUGACCAGCUUGUGAUUGUAUAUCUAUCCAUCUAUGAAUGGAAGUAGAAAGUUUACAUUGGAAAGGAUGAUGGACCGAAGAAUGAUGGGAUAUUUGUGCAAUAAAAAGUUCGCAUCCAGGUUACCUCA